GAAAAAUAUGAAAUAAAUAUAAAUAAAUUUCACCAAAUAAAAUUAAGAAACAAAAUACGAGAAAAAUAAAUCUUCUUGGCAAUCUAACCUAACUUGGCAAGAUAACCAAACUAACAGAAUCCUAUAAUAAAUCUUCUCUAACCUACGUAAAUUCGUCUGUUCCACGAUCUAUAAAUUCCGUAGAAGGAAAUUCUCCUUUAAAUCUUAAGAUUUAACGAAACGAUGAAUCUCAAAGCGAGGAGAGAAUAUCACACCACACAUAUUUAACACUUUCGAUUCACUACUAUCACGAGUACGAUUCUUUCAAAUGCAACUGCACAGAGGGAGACACUAUCGAAAAUAGAGAAUCGAGGUUCGAGACAAGUGUAUCGAAAGAGCAAAUAAGGUAAAACAAUCGAUCGUGGAGCGGAGAUCGAGAGGAGUAACAAUCGAAGCAGGAAGUUUGUUGUUUCGUUCUCUUAGAAUUUUUCUACGAUUGAGUUGUUCCUUUUGUGAAGAAGGAUUAAAGGAACGAGAAUGCGAUCCAAGUGGAGAAUCGGAAGGAUCGUAUCCUUUAACGGGAAGAAAUGAAGUUAUCAGUGUCGGCUUACAGAGCUCAGGCAAGUGCUCACAAGAAGAUUCUUUCCAACUAUCAGCAUCAGCUGAGUUACGGGGCCACCAAUCAGGCGUCCUCGGCCCGGACCCCCUCUGAUCCCGCGACGUUCCUUACUGGCUUCAAGGUGGAUCGUGCGGAGAACGAGGAGGGCCAGGGAGGGGGUGGUCUGUCGACGUCUUCGGCGGGCUGCAGCGGUGCUUCCGGUUCGAGGAUGGGCCCAGGGCCCGAUUCCGGUAGCAGUGCUCCCUCUUCUGUUCCCCACUCACUGGCGACGUCAAGAGACGACGAGGACGACGAGGACGAGGAAAGUAGCGGAAGACGUUCCAAUGGACACACAGGAACGCGGUUAUUGGAGCUGUACCGUCGAGACACCUUCUCGAGCCAUGGAGGAUCGUUGGACAAGGAUGCAGCUGGUGUGAGCGCGGCAUCGACCACCUCAGAGUCUUUGGAGAGCAACGGCCUCGAUACCGAGAUACCAGCCGCUGCAAGAAGGCCUCGUAGCACUAGGGGCUCGCAAAAAUGGAGUAACGUACGCGCCGUCAUGGCGCUAUAUUCCUCCCUACGCAAGAUUAAGAGAACGAAGAGCAAUCAACGUUGGAUGAAGCUGCGCACCACCGUCCAAUUGUCAUCCGCCAUCUCGACGAUCCAGAAGAAACCUCCGUUGAAGCGGGAGGACUCGUUCCUGAAGAGGUUCUCGACCAGGCAGAUACCCGAGAGCCAGGAGACGUUGGACACGGGCGAGGGCGAAGGGGACGCGGCCGACGACAAGGAUUCGAGCGGCAGGCGACGAAGGAGGCCGCGAAGGUUGCAGAGGCCGCCGAAAACCGUGGUCAACCCGGACGAGAACUUUUAUUAUUACUGGCUGAUGCUACUCUCCGCUUGCGUGUUGUACAAUCUGUGGACGUUGAUCGUGCGCCAAAGUUUGCCCGAGUUGCAGGCGGUCGCGCCCGCCACGUGGCUCGCCUGCGACGGUUUCACGGACCUGGUCUUCUUUCUCGACGUUGCCGUGCAAUUCCGUACCGGUUACCUCGAGCAAGGUUUGAUGGUGUACAACAGCAAGAAGCUGGCCGGCCAUUACCUCAAGUCGAAGUCGUUCGUGCUGGACCUGCUGGCCCUGUUGCCCCUCGACCUCCUCCAGGUGAAUCUGGGCAGCAACCCGAUGCUCAGGUUCCCGAGGUUUCUCAAGAUAUAUCGGGUGUACAAUUAUUACUACAUGGUCGAGUCGAGGACGGUCUACCCGAAUCUGUGGCGCGUGUUGAAUCUGAUACACAUACUGCUUAUACUGGCGCACUGGUUCGGCUGCUUUUACUACUUGCUCAGCGAGGCGGAAGGAUUCCAAGGGGACUGGGUCUACCCGUACAGACCGGGGGAGUACGCGACCCUGACCAGGAAGUAUCUCGGCUCGCUCUACUGGUCCACCCUCACCCUCACCACGAUCGGCGACCUACCCACGCCGGAGACCAACGCCGAAGUCGUAGCGGGCGGCAAUCCCCGGAGCCUCGCCCGUCGUGGCCGACUGUCCCGGCUUCUGCAGUUCAAGCAUAACGGAGGGUACGUCUUCACGAUAGUGAGCUACCUGAUCGGCGUCUUCAUAUUCGCGACGAUCGUCGGUCAAGUUGGAAACGUGAUUACCAACCGGAACGCGAAUCGGCUGGAAUUCGAGAGACUGUUGGACGGUGCAAAGACGUAUAUGAGACACCAUAAAGUACCAGGCGGGAUGAAGAGGAGGGUGCUGAGGUGGUACGACUACAGCUGGUCCAGGGGUAGGAUACAGGGUGGAGGUGACAUCAACACCGCUCUCGGAUUGUUACCUGACAAAUUGAAGACCGAAUUGGCGCUGCAUGUGAAUCUGUCCGUAUUGAAAAAAGUCACCAUAUUUCAGGAGUGCCAACCCGAAUUUCUUCACGAUCUAGUGUUAAAAAUGAAAGCUUAUAUAUUCACGCCUGGCGACUCGAUAUGUCGAAAGGGGGAAGUGGCUAGGGAAAUGUUCAUAAUAGCAGACGGGAUUUUAGAGGUGAUUAGUGAAACGGGAAGAGUUUUAACAACCAUGGAAGCCGGGGACUUUUUCGGAGAAAUUGGAAUUCUUAAUCUGGACGGAUUAAACAAGCGCACAGCCGACGUUCGUUCGGUGGGCUACUCGGAGCUGUUCAGCCUUUCCCGCGAGGACGUGUUGGCGGCGAUGAAAGAUUACCCAGAGGCUCAAGAGAUCCUGCAAAAUCUCGGGAGGAAGCGUCUGAUGGAGGCGCAGAAGGUGGCCAGGGCGUCCCGUCAACCAACGUCCCCCGGCCACGACUCGUCCGACAACAGCACCGGGAAACGGAUCGUGGACAAGCUGAAGAGCGACGUGAAAGGGUUGAAAAACGCGUUGAGGAAAAGCAGGCGGAACACGAGGCCCGAGGAGAGCCUGGAGCUGCAACCGUUGACGCCGAAGGGGCCCACGUUGAAGCGGCAGCAAAAGGUGGACGACGGCCAGGACCCGUCGUCGGCCACGAGCGUUCAAGAGGCACCAGUUUCGCCUUUGGGCGCUGGUUUGCCGUUGCUUGCCAGGCUCAGGCUGUUGAAGGAGAAGGAGGAGAGGGAGGAGCGUCGAAACCUGAUGGAGACCCAAGUGCACGCGCCUGAGCAACAGCAACCGGCCCAGCAGGAGGCGCAGAACCCUAUGAAUCCCAAUCUGCCCUUUCUCCAGAGGAUUUUGCUUCUGAAGGCGAAGAACGAUCAGGAGGCGAGGGAGGCGGACAAGGAGGCGCCCACCAAGGAACCUCUGCUCCCAAAGAACACCAGUAUACCGGAGGAGGAGCAGCAGCAGGAACAGAGGCAACCGGUCAAACCGAUCCAGAGGCAAGCCUCGCUGCAAAGCGCGGUGGAGCAGAGCGUGAAGUCGCCGGCAACCACGUCGAACGUAGCUGAGAACGUUGGCAACGGGUCGAACGCGAGGAAGCCGUGGGCAAUGUUGAAGGACGCCUCGUUGACAAAUAAGGAGAACUCGCCUCAAAGAAGUCCACCGGGCAGGAGGUUGCAGUUGAGGCAGAGUUUGGUCCACAUCAGGCAGCAGACCAAGAUGUACGCGUCCGUUGACGAUCUCUCGCCCGAGUAUUGCGGACUGCCGUUUGUCAAGAAGUUGAAGAUACUUAACGAGAGGCAAAAGUUGGCGGAGCUCGAGAAGGCGGUGAGAAGCUCGAGUUUGGAUUGCGGGGAGAACAACGAGAUCGAGUUCGACGGAAACUUGACGAGAAGUCACUCGGAGGCUUGCGCCAUCGAGUACGCCAGGAAAUUGGAAAAAUUUAAUCAGAAUCGAAUGGCGUCGAUGUCACCGACGGAGCAACUAUCGCCCGAGAACGAGACGUUGGAGAGGCGGAACCUGAAGAGCAUAUUGAAAAAAUUGUCGGCCGGAAGCAGAACCGGAAGCUCGGAAACUUCGGCGACGAGCACGCCGGACCGCGAGGCCGCCACCGCCGAAUUAAAAUUGAUGAGGGCGCCAACCAUAGAGGGAUACGCGGCACGCCACUCGAAACUCUCGAAAAGCGUCACGUUUAACAAGUACACGCUGCAGAGCCCACCGUCCGAGCAGAUACCGGUUAAUUAUCCGAUCGGGUCUCAUUUGUCCGACACCCAAGAGCAGGCCUCACUGCCACCGCCCAAUAAACUCAGUUUCCGUCCUUUGGGCAGCGGAGGUAUCCUGCAAAUGGUAUCUCGGCCACGAGAAGAGGAAUACUUGGGGGAGCUGGUGUCUGGUAUCAAAGAGAUCGUUAAGAGUCGUCUGGAGGAUAUCCAGACCAAGUUCGAACGGCAGUUCACCUCGCUGGAGCUAGAAAUUCGCAAGCGGGACGAGAUAAUAUCUCAGCUCCAGGCAAGGAUAUUAGAGCUGGAGCAAAGGGAAUCGCGGAACGCGGACGAGUCCAUAGGCGACAGCACGGAGCACGACGCCUCGUUGGAGGAGGAUCUGGACGACGACCGCGAGGACCAUCCUUUCAUGAGGGACGGUUCCGUGGACACCGUUCUGACCACCCAACCCCGCUACAAGCGUUCCUCGCCGUCCACCGAAUCCAGUUCUCAUAACAGGAGAUCGUGGGAAGAGCAUUCGGAGGAGGAGACGUUGGAGCUCCAAGAGCUGCCCAGCUCGAUCGUUCCUCAACCACUGUGGAAGGACGACGUGGCGAUCGACUUCGAGUCGAACAGCGAGAGCAGCAGAUCCGAGGACGAGUUGGACGACAGAGCGGCGAGGGACAGCGAGAACGACGGGGACGAUGACGAGGAGGGGGAAGUGAGGAGACAAGGGCGCAACAACUGGGAGGUGGCGAUGCUGGCGCAAGAGUUGGAGGCAAGGCGGAGAAGUAGCGAGGACGCGAACCCGGGCUCCUAGCGCAUUAACGAGAUUCUAGACGUACUGUGUUACCUCACGAGCACGUUGCACACGGAGGGCUGGUGCAACAGCAGGCCUGCCACCGCUGCUCGAAACGCCACCCUAUGCGAGAACGAUUGCCCUUACCUACAGUUAGACAGCAUGACCAGUUGUAGGGAGACGAUGAUGUGAGGGAUUCGUUCCUUAUUUUCUAUGAUUCGCAAAGAGAUUUUGUGGGCCAAUCUAAUAUGAGAUCCUCGCCAGAUGAGGUUAAUACACGCGUAACUGUCCGAUUUAUGCGUGCGUUUAUUGCGUCGUGGUCGAACUCCCUCUCUGUGCACACCGUGCACGUAAUAUAAUACGAGAGAUGCCGGUUUUGAAAAGAACGUGUAGAGAUUUGGGAUGUCGUUUAAUUCUUAAAUGCAAGAUAUUGACGUUUGAUGGCAUAUUUUUUUUUUUUUCGAGAUUCGAAAAAUUUGUAUAUACGAAAAUGUCGAUUGAGGCUUAUUUGUUUAAGUUAACUCAUUCGAGAAUAUACCAAAAAU